UAAUUUGACUUAGUAUUUCUUGCAGUAUUGUUGUGUGACCUUGAAAUUGAGUGCAAUUUCAGUACGACGCGCGUGCGGUUUUAUAAGGAAAAGUCCACAUGUUCGACGGUGAAUGCAAUUCAGAAGUCAUCCUGAUCUUUUAUAAUUUUAUUCGAGUGACUUUUCGUGGCACACCGAUGACACCAGUAUGAAGCGGAGCUUGCACUGAUUCGGAAAUUGCCGGAGAUCGUGUCUCCAAUUUUCACGCUUUUUGAAACUUGACGGUUUCGUUCUCAAGAGAAGUUUUUCGAAAAAUCUGUUUACGUAGAAAUGCGUAGCUCAGAGCAAGACAGACCAAGAAGGCAUAGUUCCUUGCCUCUGACUUUGGGUUGUUUCAUGUCUGCUCGCGUGAAGAAGGUUCUAGAUGGCGAGGGACAAAUUCAGUCGAAGGUUGCCAAUAAUUCGAAAGUCCGCCGUAUCAAUCCGACGUCAGUUCGAGCAUCGGCAUCAAACGAGUGCUGGUAUUCUGCUGCGGAAAAUGAGACUCAAGUUCCAACGUCGAACCUCGUUUCGAAACAAGAGUCAUCAUUAUCAUUCACGGAAGAUAUUACGAUCUGUUUGGCAGGUAGGCCUCAGGACCUUGUUGUGAAAGAAGCGAAAUGCAUAGUACGUGACGUGAAACAAUACAAUCGCAAUGAUAUGACGGACGUUUUGCUGAAGAUUUCUGAGCUUCAACCUGUGGACUGCAGUCACAUUUGUGAGACCCGUGCUGACGCUGCCAUGCUUUGUCUGUACGUCAUUGCUGAAUUUGAUGAGGAACUUCUUCGCCUAUUAAAAAAUGAUGUUCUUCACGCAUUGAAAGAAAAUUCAACGAUUUGCCGCUUUUGCCCUCCGUUAGAAAAAAGACUCGAAUCCGUUUCGAGCGCCAUUACAGAAGAGCGAAAGCUGGAAACGAUGAAGCUUGAUUUCUCGGCAAGUGGUGUAUCGUACGAUCCGAAAAGAGAUAGCAAAACUGGAUUCGUAAAUCCACAAUCGUUCAGCGCAUACAGAAAACAACGAGAUGCUUUUUAUCGUUUGCAUAGUUGCUGGGAAGAGAGCAAGAAGACCGGUGACGACGGCGAAUUGAGUGGAUUUCAAUGCGCAGUCGAGGAUCUGAUGAAUAUAUCUUCAGAUCUUGAAAUAUCUCUCCAUUUUGCUGAUCUGUUCAUUCAGCAAUUCUUGGUCGACCUCCGACAGAACGGAGUGGCUGGUGAUAUUCCUGUCAGAAGUUCGGAUUCUCAAAAAAUGCGUCUUCUGCAAGAACGGAUGACCGCCCCGAAAGAGCAUUCAGGCGCACAAUUAUUGGAUUAUUCCGUCGAUUUCUUUGUGGCAUUUUUGAAAGCCACCCGCAAUGCUCUUUUUCGCGACGCCUUGAUUAUGACCAUUGUCGGACACUCCAGUGAUCUUAUGUUCAGCCGUGGACAGAAGUUACCCGAUGUUUCUGACUAUUGUGGGAGCUCGCACAUUGUUGCAGAUGAACUUCUCAAGUGCCUGGAGGCCCUCGGAAAACUCUUGGGUCUGGUUUAUUUUGUCCCGAGAAAGUUGAAGUAUCCAGUGAACAAGGCGGAUAUUAUCGAUGAAUAUGUUCGUUCGAAAACCUGGGUUCAAGCACCGGUCGACUUCAAAGGGAUUUUAUUGAAGGGCAUUCAAACUGGAAACUGUUUACCCGUCGUGAUUUGGAUGACAAAUUGCCUGCUGUUCGCUGACCCUCUGUCCGUCCGAGGUCGAUCCUUCCAAGAUGUUCUAAAUAUUUUUGAUCAUUUGUACAAAACAUCCACCGCUGAUACAGUGGUCUGUCGGCAAUGUUGCGUUCAUCGUAUUCCUAGUGAUGUUCUAAACAUGUCAAGUAGUGGCGCUUUCUGUAUGCAGCUGCAUAUCAGUUUGCUCAUGUCCACAUUCUCCUCCAAGUUGCCAUCGAAUCAGGAAAUUGAACAUCCGUCCGAUGCAGAAAAUAAUUUCGUCCUGAAGUGCAAGAAUUGUGUUCAGACGUUUGCCAAAAUUCACUGUACAUCUAAAGGAUUGCUAUCGUUCUUCGGCCCGUGGAAGAAGAUUAACGAGAAUCUUCGCAAGUUGGCGGUGACCGUUGUUGACAAGGCACCGAUUGUUCAUGAGCGUAUUGAGAUGAGAAGAAAGAUAAAACCAGUAACGCAGGCUAAACCUGCAUCAUUGGCCAGUUGGUCUCCUGUGGACGUCCUGCAAGAAAAAUUGGAACAAAAUUUUGAAAGGAAUAUAUCACCCUUCAUAAAACGGGUGAUGGAAUCGGUGGUUGAAAUUUUGUCUGCGAAAACCUCGAAGGAGUUGAAGGCACCAACGUUUCUAAUCUCAAACUCGCGUGAUUCGACGAGACGGAAUGAUUCUGUCGUGGAAGAGGAAAAUGAGAAGUUUGCCUGGCAGAUUUGUGUUGGAAAGAUCGAGGACCUUGCAAAAAGAUCGGUCGCGCCUCUCCUUCCAGAAAAUACUUCCCCCGAUCUGUCGAGUAUCAUCGUAAGCAUUGUUUCAAGGAGGGUUUGCGAAAAUGUUUGGACGACGUUCAGGCAUUCCAACGUACGAGUACGCUCCAACUUGAAUCAUACUCCUACUAAAACCUUCCCGGAAAUGCCCUCCAGAGAUUGUCUGGAGGUCGACGCUGUUCGCAUUUUUGAAUCGGCUGUGGAUAGUGACGUGACCGUAACCCCGCACCUCUCGCGAGAAAAUUCUAUGAUAUCUCGUCAAAAUAGUGCCAAGUUUCAACCAUGUGACGAUGCUGAUUACGAACGGUUCUCAUGUCAGUUGAUGCGACCUGAACUUCAUCAAAAACUUAUAAACGAAGUUUAUGAUAAAGAAGAAUGCGUUAGUGACUGCAUCAUCUUCAUGCGAAAUUCAAUCUGUGCCAUGUUGCGUGGACAAGACGUCAAUACGGAGCGCCUUUGGAGCAUCGUUUCGGAAUUGGAGGGGCGAACCUCUGAUAUCAUGCAAACAAUGCUGCCAAAAUUUACUCCGCUUUGGCUCGACUUCGUCGUGCUUUCUUUGUUGAAGUUUCACGCCUGCUCUGAAACUGAAAUAGCGAAGAUUGUCAAUGUGACGAAAGCGGUUGUGCAACUUUCGAAAAGCCCACUUCGUCCGUUUUGGUGCCGUCAUUUAAUCUUGCUGUCGAGUGCCUCUGACGUAGGUUGGGCCAAUUGGGAAUCCUUUUUCACCAAAAUUAUCAUCUCGGAAUUGGUCGAUUUUGGUGAUUUUAAUUCAAGUUCGCUGUCAAUUUUCAGUCACUCGUGGCCACCGGAACUUCUGUCACGGUUGAGUUUGAUAUUUUGUCGCAUCCGUGAGUACCCCGUAAAAUCACGUAAAGUUAUCGGAAUGGCGGAUAAUGCUUCGGUCGAUCCCGGGAUCAAGCAGUUUUUGUAUGCGUGGUGUUCAAAGCGAAAUAAAACGCCCGUGUAUUCUGUUCGUUCGGGCGGUGGACCACAGCAUCGACAGCGUUUUAUCUGUGAACUUCGUGUUGAUGGAUUUGGUUACAUUGCUUGUGGCAAUUCCACCACGAAAAAAUCGGCGGAGAGCAACGCUGCCAAUGAUUUUGUCGAGUAUCUGGUGCGGCAAAACGAGAUUGACACUUCAACUAUUCCUACUUUUUGUGCCCCGGGAAGGAUGGAUGCGAACUCGACUCCUAGACCUCAACAAAGCGCUGUGAUACCCGUGGAGGACGCGUACAAACCAUUUCGACAUGAACCCCGGCCUGGAUUUGAAACGUUGGAUGCGAUGGAUGUGGCAGAAGCUGAAAAUGCGGACGUCAAUGCUGAGUGCCACGGAUUCUGGACUGUGAACAACGCAAAAGCCAAAUUGAAUGAAUUCUUGGCAAAGCGGCGAAUUCAAGCUGAUUACCACUACGAGAUUGUUGGGCUAAGCAGCAAGAUUUCCCAAACGCUUGCUCUCAUCGAAAUGCGAAAAGUGGUCUUAGAAACAUGCUUGAGCCAGUUCCUCGCGUUCAAAUUCUUACAAAACAAAAUUUGGUUUUUGCUGCGAAGGACCUUCGUGGCGUCCAUGAGUUUCUACGUUCGGGAGCUCGGGCGAGAUAUCAAAGGAAGGGAGUCGGGGUCAACCAAAGCUUCAGCUUCACGUAGUUGUGCUCUCUCCAUCGUGAGGCAGUUGUUUCAUCUCAACUUGAUUCCUGCGAAUGCUGGUGCGGCAGCAUUGUCGAAGAAAGAUCGAAAUAAGGUCAUCAAACCAUUUGAAGUCAGCGUAAAGCCCGAGAUGAUACAGGAAAUAAAAAAUACUCUGGAUCUCUUCAGCAUUCGUCCCAUGGCAGGUGUUAUUGAUCCCGCGUUGAAGUUGACGUCUCUCCUGCCAUCAAGAACUGUGGUAGACACGAAACCCACUUGCGAAUCAACCGACAUGACAUCGAUUAUGUGGGCACCGCCCAUCCGUAACUGGGACCCGUGGAGGGCGUGUAACAUUGACGAGGGCUAUUUCGCAUCGGCAAGUUUGGAAACACUUUCGCAAGAUUUUGAGAAAAGUUUCCAGGAAAUGCAGAAGACUGAUCAGCAUUAUCAGCGUAUGCGUCACUCGAGGGAAGCUUUGCCUGUGUUCGCCGCCCGCGUCGAAAUUCUCGAUACUAUAAAAGAAAAUCGCAUAGUCAUAAUUAAAGGAAGCACCGGAUGUGGAAAAACCACACAGGUACCGCAAUUCAUCCUUGAUGAGCAUUUGCUGUGUGGCAGUGGAGCCUUCUGCAAUAUCGUGGUCACUCAACCACGCAAGAUAUGUGCAGUUUCUGUCGCUGACCGAGUUGCGAAUGAGCGCAGUGAAGAACUUGGUCAAUCUUGUGGAUAUUCCGUUCGAUUUGAGUCGAUGUUGCCGAGGCCUUAUGCAUCCGUGCUGUAUUGUACUGUCGGUGUGCUUCUACGCAAGAUGGAAAGCGGAAUGCGAGGAAUCUCGCAUAUUAUUGUCGAUGAAGUUCACGAAAGAGAUGUCAACACAGAUUUUCUGCUCAUCCUUCUCCGUGACAUGCUGAACACCUAUCCCGAUCUUCGAGUGGUGCUCAUGAGUGCGACAGUAGACACCUCUAUUUUUCGCACUUACUUCGGGGAAUGUCCCCUGAUCGAGGUUCCCGGGAAAAUCCAUCCGGUUGAGGUUUUUUAUCUCGAAGACAUUGUGGAAACUUUGGAUUACUACCCCAGCGAGAUGUUCAUUCGGAAACGAUUGGAUCGUGGCAAGAAACGCAAACUGAAGCCAGUCGUUGAAGGAGGAGAACCUGAAGAAGGCGAUGACGAUGGCGAGGAAGACACAGAAGACUGUAAUCGUAUCGUUAGCGAAGAUUACGGAGUGAAAGUUAAGGAGGCGAUCGCGGCUAUGUCUGAGCGGGAGAAUCUGAAUAAUGAAAUUAUGGGGAAGCUGCUCAAGUAUAUUGACACCAUGGGAGAAGGAGCCGUACUCAUCUUCUUGCCUGGAUGGAGCGCAAUUUUUGAAGCUUGGAAAUAUUUCAGCAAUCAUCCGGAUUUUGGACCAUCUCAAUAUCUCUUUCUUCCAUUGCACUCAAAUCUACCACGUCAAGACCAGCGGAGAGUUUUUGAUGACCCCGGACAAGGAAUCAGAAAAGUUAUUCUCUCGACGAAUAUUGCGGAAUCUUCAGUCACCAUCGAUGACGUGGUCUACGUGAUUGACUCUGGUUUAGCGAAGAUGAAACUUUUUACUUCUCAUAACAACAUGACAAAUUACGUUACUAUUUGGACUGCAAAGGCAAACUUGGAUCAAAGGAAAGGCCGUGCUGGUCGUGUUCGUUCAGGAUUUUGCUUCAGAUUUAUGACGAAGGCGAGGCAUGAAAAACUGGAAGAGCACAUCACGCCGGAAAUAUUACGUUCACCUCUUCACGCAAUUGCUCUCUCCGUAAAGUUACUUCGUGUAGGAGAUGUGCAAAAGUUUUUGGCCAAGGCUGUUGAACCGCCACCGUUGGAUGCUGUUAUCGAAGCCGUUUUAGUGUUGAAAGACCUCAGGGCGCUGUAUUCUUCUGAAGAAUUGACACCGUUGGGUAGAAUUAUCGCAAGGCUACCCGUUGAUCCGAGGGUCGGAAAGAUGUUGGUUAUGGCGUGCGUGUUGGGACUUGGCGAUGCCGGAUGUUGCCUAGCUGCGCAAAGCGCUUCUCAUCAUGAAGUUUUCCUCAUCGAGAUGGGAAGACGAUUGACAUUCCGUCAAAAAAAUAUGGCGGGAAGUCGCUGUAGCGACCAGUUAGCGCUUUUGAAUGCGUUUAUGCGAUGGGAAAGCCAAAUGUUGAAAGGUGAAGACGCCGAAAUCCGUUUCUGCGACUCCCAGAGUUUGUCAAUGCCCAUGUUGAGGGUCAUCUGGGAAGCUAAAAAACAAAUAAGGGACUUGCUCAUAAGCGCCGGAUUUCCUGAAAGCGUGUUCGCCCCAGUAGAAUUUGAUUUCUUUGGUUCUGACCACAAUCUAGAUCUUUUAGCUGGUCUUCUUGCAGUUGGAUUCUAUCCGAACAUCUGCUGGUACCGAGAAAAGCGUAUGGUGAUUACAUCUGACAUGACUCGGGCUUUAAUCAACAAGACGAGCGUUAACUGCCCGUACACGAACCAAGAUAGCGGAACGUUGUUUCCAUUUCCCUACUUCGUGUUUGAGGAAAAAGUUCGCACUCGAGCUGUGUCGUGCAAGCAGCUGUCUAUGGUCACCCCAUUACAGCUCCUGAUUUUUGGUUGUCGGAAAGUGGAAUACUUCAUUCCAGUGGAACCCAUUGGAGAAGCGAAGGAUCCCGAAUCAGUUCUGGCUUUCGAAUACGGACCUGUUGUGAAGCUGGACGGUUGGAUUUCUCUGAAGAUGUCGCCGGAAGAAGCAAGUCAUGUUGCCGGUCUUAGGCCUGCCCUUGAAACGAUUUUAGAGAAUGUGGCCGCCAGUCCUCAUUUGCUAAUGGAAGGCGAAGUAGACUUCCAAGAGAAGCUGGGCGCAGUUCGGGAAGUUUUACUCAAUGUUUGCUCUCUAGAAGCAGGUCGGAACGAUCUACAACGAUUUCAGCCUAGUCCCUCCAGGCCAUUUUCCAGUCCCGGCCCCAAGCGGUUCUUCUCAGAACGUGGUGGGCAUGGAAUGCCAUUCACGGGAAUGAACCGAGGAUUUUCUCACGGAGACUUCGGAGGUCGAGGCGGUCGAGGUGGAGGAAGAGGAUUCGGCUUUGGGGGUUACAGAGGUGGUUUUUCACCUCAAAAUAAUUGGCGUAAUCCAAGCUCACCACAGAAUCGUUGGAAUCAGCCACAUUACGGUGGUGGUCAGCGCUUCAACGGGCCUCCUCGUGGGGGUUUCAAUCCAAGGUUUGGAGGAAACCGGGGGAGAGACUACUGAUGAUUCAUAUGUACGGUUACAUGGAAUAACCUGCUGCGUGAAAUACCCGUGAGAACAUCAGCGAAGUGUUUUUAUAUGAGGCUUUUCAGAGGAAUUGCGUCAAUUACAGAAGAUUCUCUGCGUUUCGGAUAUUUACAAUUUUAUUUUCCCUUUUUGCUGCAGCUUCAAAACUUUUUGUUCUGUCAUGUUUCGUGUUACUGUGGGAAGUAAUGUUGCUUAAAUUAUCGAAGUUAUAUUGAAAUUCUAUGAAUUGAAUA